UUAUUACGUUCAGUUACUAUGACGUCAUAAACACAUUUGUCAACAGUGUUGAAACAAUCAACAGUACACUACAAGAAGUACGAUGGAUGACUGCUUCAUUUACGUGGGACCCAGUAUAUCUGGAGGUUUCCUGGAAGGAGACUGUGGCUGUCACAGCAACUGUCAGAACAACUUAACUGAAUUGAAAUCUCAUGGCAGAGUUCUUAAUGAAGUGUAUAAAAAGCUAUUUAGAGAAAUAGAUGAUAAAGCAAGAAGUGGUGCAGAUGAAACACUAAUAAUGAAAGAUCGAGUUCAGCUUCUGGAGAAAUAUGGCAAAGACCUUAAAGAACAGAACAGGUUACUUUUAUGGACACUGGAACAGACUCAGCAAGAAAUGAUGGAGAGCAAGGUGGAGUAUAAAACAUAA